AUGAGUAAAAGGAACCCCCAUGACUUUGACUCAUUCUGGGUCCACAAGUUGCCCCCAGAGAAAGCUGCUCGGACAAAUCUGGAUGGAAAGAAAUUGAGCUCAGAGGCCAGAAAUUUCUCCUACAUGGUGAGCGACUUCAUCCUCUUGGGUUUCCCUUGCCGCUGGGAAAUACAGAUCUUCCUUUUCUCCAUAUUCUUUAUGACUUACAUCCUGACUCUGCUCGGAAAUAUGGCCAUCGUAUGUGCAGUGCGCUGGGACCACCGUCUCCACACCCCCAUGUACAUUCUGCUGGCCAACUUCUCCUUCCUGGAGAUAUGCUAUGUCAACUCUGACGUGCCCAACAUGCUGGCCAACUUCCUCUCCAGGACCAAAGCCAUCUCCUUCACCCGGUGCCUCCUCCAGUUGUACUUCUUCUUCUCACUGGGCACAACUGAGUGCUUAUUUCUCUCCAUCAUGGCCUAUGACCGGUUCCUGGCCAUCUGCCGCCCCCUGCACUACCCCACUAUCAUGACUACUAAGUUCUGUAAUGGCCUGGUCAUCUUUUGCUGGGUCUAUGGUUUCCUCUGGUUUCUGAUCCCAGUGAUACUCAUCACCCAGCUGCCAUUUUGUGGCCCAAAUGUGAUUGAUGACUUUCUGUGUGACCUGGGUCCCCUGCUGACCCUGGCUUCAGCCUGUGUCCCUAUCCCAGGGACAGUUCUCAUAUGUGGAACCAUGAGCUCCCUCCUCAUUUUUGCUACCUUUUUCUACAUAAUAGGCUCCUACACACUGGUGUUGAGGGCUGUGAUACAGGUGCCCUCUGCUGCCGGCCGGAAGAAGGCCUUCUCCACCUGCUCCUCACACUUGGCUGUCGUGUUUCUAUUCUAUGGAUCAGUCAUGAUGACAUACGUGAGUCCAGGGUCAGGACAAGCAGAGGGUAUGCAGAAGUUCACAACUUUGUUCUACUCAGUUUUGACCCCUUUUUUCAACCCCAUGAUCUAUAGCCUUCGGAAUAAAGAAAUGAAAGAUGCCUUAAAGAAAGUUCUAGGAGGUUCCCCAAAUUGA